AGAAUUCAUCUGGGCGCCAGGCGCACCCCAACCACCCUUUCUUCGGCUGCCGCACGGGGCUGCAUGGCGUCUGUUGGUGUGAAUUGCAUGGCCAAGGGCGGCAAGGACGAGAACGGCAAGUCCAUCGCCGCCAAGAACAUGGGUGCGAAGGCAAUGGCCAAGGGCGGCAAGGACGAGAACGGCAAGUCCAUCGCGGGGGGCGAAUGCCCGCUGUGCCGAUGCGACGACGGUGGCACGCACACCCUGGGCGGCUGCACCCACCGGCGUAUGAAAGCCGCGUACAUCGCGAGGCACAACCGCGCCGUUCAACGGAUCGCGAAGGCACCGGGCAACUGGCGCACAGCUGCCAGCCCUAAGCCACACUGAUGGCCCCAUUGCGACACAUGGAAUUAACCACGCACACGGUAGCGUGUGGAGGGAGAACUUCAGCUUUGCGCACUCGAUGUUCACAGUACACUCGAACCCCGCGAACGCGACGCUCUUGUCGGAUCGCUGCUCUCAGAAAGGCAUAUUUGAUACCAGUAUACUGCACACGACGUGCUACACAGCUAGCAAGCGUGCUGGCGCCGAACCUUUCGGCAUGUCGCCAAAGAGACCUUCGCAAAGCCCAACUGCCGCAAAACACCCGUCUUUUGAGGAGCUCAUAAGCUCCAAGCACAUACCAGUUGCCUCAGAGCCGCUCGCCGACGAUGUCCCAGAAAGGGGUCGAGCCGAGCCUCUUGGCCUCCCGUAUUUUACAGCUAAUUCCCAGCUCUAUGAAAAUGCGAGUUUGCUCACAGAACCACAACCGACAAGCUCCGAACGAAGGCAAUACCGAAGCCCUAGCGGACUCCUGUCGCGCGCAAAGGUUAAGCCAAAGCCUGGAUGCACCAACAUAUGCAAUGUGAUGAUAACUGCUUUGCAACCGGUGGGGGAGGGACUCCUUUCUACAAAUCUGAAAAUAGCACAGGCAUGCAGGAGUGGUAUGAGAAAGUUAUGCACAGCGGAGGGAGUAUACCGUUCAUAUGCGAGUAAGACAAUCGGGCUGCUUGGAGAGAGCCUGUUAACGAGUGUGCUUGCGCUGGGCGACCUGGGCAGUCGGCAUGGAGGAACCAUGCUGCGCUCCGGUGCUUCGGCACUGCACUCCAUGGCAGAAACAGCUUACGGGCCCCAACCAACCCACAACUGUAGUGCCUCCUGGGAAAACACCUACCGCUACGCAGUACUCCGGCUUGCCCCUCCCCCCUCAGGGUGCUCCAUGCCGUGCGCCCCGGAAUGCGGUGUGGGGAUGGGGUGGGGUGGGAUGGACUGGCGGAUGGUGGAAGUAUCAUAUAGGUCUGCUGGGGGCUGCGAGCAGCCAUACUACCGGUCAUGAUAUUGCCUUCGGUAGCUCAGGGCGCCGCGGGCUGGGGGUGGGUAAGUGAGCGGGGAUGGGGGCUCGGACUCAGCGGGGGCACGGACUCAGGGCGUGGAAGCCAGCGAGAAGUAAGCGGGCGAGAGUAACGCCGAUGUGCCGGGUGAUGUGCGAGCAGAAUACAGAACGCGGCAUUCGUCAUUACGGGGAA